AUGAAAGAGGCCAGAAAAAGGGAUGAGGGGAGAGGGCCUAAAAAGGGGAAGGGGAGGGGAGGCCGAAAAAGGGGAAUGAAAGGGGAGGCCGGGAAAGGGAAGAGGGGAUGGCAGGGCAGGGGAGGCCAGAAAAGGGGAGGGGGAGGGGAGGCCGAAAAGAGGAGGGGGAAGGGAGGCCGAAAAAGGGGAGUGAAAGGGGAGGCUGGGAAAGGGAAGAUGGGAUGGCAGGGUAGGGGAGGCCAGAAAAGGGCAGGGGGAGAGGAGACCGGGAAAGAUGAGAGGGGAUGGCAGGGCAGGGGAGGCCAGAAAAGGGGAGGGGGAGGGGAGGCCAAAAAGGGGAGGGGAGGCCAGAAAAGGGGAGGGGGAGGGGAGGGAAGGGGAGGCCGGAAAAGGGGAGGGGACGCCGAAAACGGGAGGGGACGCCUGAGAAGGGAAGGGGAGGUCGGAAAAGGGAAGAGGCGUCGAAAUCCGUCGGUUUCUAUACUAAACGCAACUCACGACACUGUAUUUACCUACGUGUCCAGAAAAUAA